AACAAAGUCAUAAGAAAUCAACAGUUGAUAGUGAGUCAUAAUUGUAAAUAAUAAAGUUGAUAUUCGUGCAACCAGUUAGUUCAUCACACGAUGCUAUGUUCCCCUUCUCUUUCCACACAGUUGCGCGCUAGCAGACAAAGAAACAUGAUGUCAGUGUGUUGUGUGCCGAGCGGAGCGAUCUGAGUGACUCCCACAUUAUAUCACAUUGUAUUGCAAGUAUAUUGUAGUUAUAGAGAAUUUUCACUAAAUUGUUAUGAAAAUAAACAAUAAUUGUUUAUGAGCUGCGCAGUGUUGUGGCUUUUAACAUCAUAAACAAUUGCAAUCCGAUCUUCUCGGUCCGGUUACUCGCGUCGAGGACUUCAAGAAACAAACACGCGAAAUGCGUGUCCUUACAAAGUUGGUUUUCGCGCUAUUUUUUGCCGUCUGUGCUAGCUUAUCGCCGCAAUGCAGAAACGAAAGGGGAGAGCCUGUCGAUUGGUUCUACGUAUACAAGUUGCCUCGUGAGAAGAAUCAUCUGAAUCCUCUAGUGCGUCGAGGUGUAGCAUAUAUGCAUCUCACGCCAUCCAAACUCAGAGGAGGAUGGAUCAUGUCAGAAAUGUCCAUUAGCGAUCCUAAGUCCAUGGUUGGAAGAACUUUGGGUCCUCUUUAUCAUGACAAGAAUGUCCUGUCGCUGGUCUAUAACGACCAACCUCCGGCAACAGAGAACCAGCCCGAUCUCUUGCAAUCAGUAGCCGAAAUGUACUCUAAAAGUAAACGAGGGCAAAUAAAACAAGCUGGUGUAAAAAAGUUCAAGAAAUUCAAACUUGGUGACAAAUAUUACGACGACUACGAUUUAGCAGAGAUGUGCAAAAUGCACUCCAAGUUUAUGAAAACGAGAGUUGAGAGCGGACAUACGAAAGGAGUCAUUCUGGGGGACAAAUUCACAUCGCUAUGGCUUGUGCAUUCCGUACCUAGAUUCCCACCCGUGCCUGACGUGCACGGCCUCAACAUAAGCUCCUACGGCUAUCCGCAAACGGGCAUGAAAUACGGCCAAUCCAUGCUUUGCGUAUCCGUACAAACCACCACUCUGAACCAGAUAGCCACACAGCUGAAGUACAAUGAACCUCUCAUUGUUUACCAACACUUGCCUUUAGAGCUGGAAGGUGAAUUACCUAAUUUAGUAGAAGUUUUGAGAAACAAGACUAUUGAAGCAUCUCCAUGGUAUCACAUAGAAAGUUUCGAGACGCUAGUGGGCAGGAAGUUCCUCUCGUUCGCCAAGAGUGCCAUGUUCAACGACGACCUGUACAGCGGCUUGGUGGCCGAAGUGUUGCAAUCAGAUCUGCUGGUCGAAUCGUGGACUAACGGACCGGGAACUUUGGACUCGGAAUGUGGGAGAAACUUUCAGGUUCGAAACAUAGAGCGGCUGAAGUUCCCAAUCGCAAAGAUGUCGUUCACGUCUCACAACGAUCACUCGAAGUGGGCUGUAGCAGUGGCGCACAAAAUGCAUAACAGCCAAGACACCAAAGUGGCCGACUACUGGGUCUGCGUCGGCGAUAUUAACAGAGCGUUACCACAAGAGUCACGGGGCGGCGGCACCGUGUGCACUUCUGGUCCCAUUCUAUGGGGUAACUUCGCGCACCUCAUCGACUCUGUUCAGACGUGUUGAGGUGUGAUCAUAUACAAUUUUACAAGACUUGUGUUUCGAAAUAGUGCCAAGUUUACUUCAAUGACAUUGGUAUUUAUAUUAUUAUACAUACUACACUGGUUCAGCGAUCCGAAGAAGACCUUGUAUGAUUGCAUUCAUUGUACGAAACAACACGUGUAAGAUUCUAAACACAUGGUUAAAUGAUUAGUCGUCCUUAAAUAUCGUCGGCUAAAUUUGAAGAUCUUGUUUUCGUAGAUAUCCUUUUUUUACUCUUCAAGUGCAAUUAAAGCUUAAAAUAUAAUUUGUAGGUCUUCGUUAUUUCUAUGUUAUAUAAAUAACAUAGGUUUCCAAACUUUUUAGCUCACUUAUCAUAGGCAAGAUAAAAA